GUUUCAUGCUACCAAGUAGAAAGCACUUAAAGGAAAUGCAGCUUAAGAAAGAGUGAUUCUUUUAAGUUAAAUAUUAACCAGAUUCAAACAAGUUCAAGAGCAUUUCAAUUGAGGUUAGCUUGUUGGGCUGGUGAACAAGAACGAACUCAAGCAGUGAAGAAUAGGCAUGGGGAUACUCUAUUCAGAGCCCAUUUGUCAGGCAGCUUAUAAUAAUGAUUUCAAUGAAGUUCAGCUCCUUUUGGAACGCAACAGCAACUAUCUCAACAUCCAGGACAGCUUUGGUGGAGACACUCCAUUAAUUUGUGCAUGCAAACAGGGAAACAACAGGAUUGUUAGCUAUCUUCUAAAAAGAAAUGCCAAUGUCAACCUCAGAAACAAGAAAGACCGCACGUGUCUGCAUUAUGCUGUGAGAAAACGGUUUACCUUUCUUGACUAUGUGCUCAUCAUAAUCCUCAUGCCAGUUAUGCUUAUUGGAUAUCUUCUCAUGGUCUCAAAGACUAAACAGAAUGAAAACCUGAUCAACAUGUUGCUGAGAGCUGGAGUGGAUGUUAAUGCUACAGACUUUUCUGGUAGCACAGCCCUUCACUAUGCUUGUGAAAUGAAAAACCAGGCAGUCAUACCUCUACUGCUUAAAGCUCACGCAGACACUUCUGUAAAGAAUCAGGAUGGGGAGACUCCCUUAGAUAUAGCAAGAAGAUUGCAGUUCCACGACAUUGAAAGCAUGCUAAGGAAAAGUUCCUAGUCAUCAAGGACUCUUGAACAUGCAGAAAAUUACCUCACCUGGCAAUCCAUCUUGCAGAGCAGCAGGAGUCCUGCAGAGGGUUGAGGGCUGUUACUUGAUAAAGACUUGGUCCAAAUCCUCUCAUUCCUUACUGCAGACUUUGACUAUUUUGUGCGAGCCUUGUCAGUACCCCCAAGGCCACAUGGGCUGAAAAGAGUUCAUUUUACUUUACUAAGCCAUGAACGACUACAAUAGUUUUCAAAACAUUGCCCUUCCCCUCUGCUUCCCCAGUUUUAUUAUUUGACUUGUGCAGACUGUGGAUUUUUAAAGCUAGCUACAGCAUUUCUGGAAGCUUAAACUUUGCACAUGAUGGUUGGCAGCCAAUGCAAAAAUAAAAUAUCCUUUAGAGUGUGCGUUACUUGUUCUGUAGGGGAUAAACAUGACAACUGAACAUUAUACCACAGCAGCUUAUACAAAGUCUGGCACCCUUCCUCUUUGUAUUUCUCUUCCUACAAUGUGAGCGACUGGGAAAAUAGACGUCUCAGCUUAGCACUUCCUCCUUCCAUCCCUUCUACAAGUUUCACACACCUUUAUUCUCACUAUGUUGCUACAAGGGAAGGAUUAUCUUCUUUUUCUUUUUUUUAAUAUAAGAAACAGCAAAAAAAGAUUCAAUGAGUUGUUGGAGACCACAAAGACAGACAAUUCCCAGGUCACUUUAAUGCAUUAAGAAAUAAUAAUGAAAAUACGUUUGGCACAGAAGAGAAACAAGUCUCUUGACUGCCUUUCCAAUAUUAACAGUAUACUAAAGAAAAAAAAUAAUCAAUAAAUGAAAUGUUGUUGAUGGGAACCAGAUGUAUCAUUCCCAGGAGACUGGACAGGAUACAUGCUUUUCAGAGUGGUGCAUGCAACAGGAGAUGCGUAUACCAAAAUAGUAGUAAUAAUAAUAAUAAUAGUCAUCGUCAUCAUCUCAUGAACCUUCUCUUGCAUAGAUAAAGGCAGAAGAAAACCUGCAGUGGUAAGCAAUUUAUUAAUGUGGCCUGGUGCUUUGUGAUUUAAUAAUGAAGCAAUAAAGGGGAAUCUCCUCUUAAACGCUGCUCUAUCUUGCUUUAUAGGUCUAAUGGAUCUUUAUUUUUGUUGAUAGUUUUGGCCAUUUCCUGUAAGCUGUCCUAAGUUCAGAAGAUAGAUGCCGUGAUCAGCACUGCUAAUGGC